AUGAACAAUUUCUCGGGUCAAAAUAUUCCUGAUAUCUUUGGGUCUUUCAAGUAUUUGGAAUACCUUGACCUCUCUUACUCUGGUUUUGGUGGUGUAGUCCCUCCUCAUCUAGGAAAUCUCUCAAGGUUACAAUACCUUAAUCUUAACGUCGGAGAUAGGUAUGACGUUUUGUUGAUGGCUAGGGAUAAUCUGCGGUGGGUGUCUUUGUUGUCGUCGUUAAAGCACUUGGAUCUCUCAGGGAUAACAAUCGGUAAACAUAUUGAUUGGUUCCAUCCAGUUAACAUGUUACCUUCUUUGCUUACACUAAUAUUGACCAGGUGUGAUAUCAAUAUCCCCUCCAUAAAAUCCUUCAAUUUCACUUCUCUAAAUUCACUCGAUCUCUAUAGAAACAACAUAAGUUCGGCCAUUCCUGUGUGGUUAUCAAACCUUACCAGCCUCGUGUAUUUAAGACUUAAAGAAAACAACUUCCAUGGCCGAAUACCAAAUUCUAUUGGAAACUUGAGCUCUCUUUCUAUCAUCAGCCUUUCAUAUAAUCAAUUGUCAGGUCCAAUACCCCCCUCCCUUGGUGGCCUAUCAUCUCUAAGAGGGCUCUAUCUUUAUGAAAAUCAAUUGAGUGGGAGCAUUCCGGCUAGUCUUGGUCAGCUUUCAAACCUCCAAGAGCUUCAUCUUGAAAAUAAUGAAUUGAAUGGGAGCAUACCUCAAAGCACUGGACAACUAACGAGGCUACAAGUGCUCUGGCUUGCAGGUAAUCAAUUGAGUGGGAGCAUUCCCGCUAGUCUUGGUCAGCUUUCAAACCUCCAAUGGCUUAAUCUUGAAAGUAAUCAAUUGAGUGGGAGCAUACCUGAAAGCAUUGGACAACUAACGAGGCUACAAAAGCUCUGGCUUUCAGGUAAUCAAUUGAGUAGGAACAUUCCCGCUAGUCUGGGUCAGCUUUCAAACCUCCAAGCGCUCUUUCUUUGGGGUACUCAAUUGAGUGGGGUGAUUUCCGAAAUCCACUUCUCCAAACUCAACAAUCUACGUGGAUUGUCCUUGUCGGAAAAUCCAUUGAUAACGUUGAAUGUGAGCCCUCAUUGGAUUCCUCCCUUCCAAUUGAAGUAUUUUAGUGCAUUCUCCUGCAACAUCGGACCCCAAUUCCCGAGUUUGAUUCGGAACUCCACACAUCUUCAACAUCUAACUCUUUCAAAUGCAAGUAUUAGAGAUAACAUACCAGAAUGGUUUGAGAGCAUUUCCUCUCAUCUUUUUUACUUGGAUUUGUCGGACAAUGAGAUCAGUGGAAAUCUGCCACGAAUACGGAACAGAUCACCAGACCCAAUUUCAGGUAUACUAAUUAUAUGA